AUGCCUGACCUUAAUGGAAAAGCAGUGUCCACCGUCUUCUCUUUUAACCUUUCUUCAGCAUCUGAUCAUAUGAUUGUUAACGAUUCAUCUCACUGCAACCAAGUCCACACCUCUGCCAAUCUUUUCUUCAUGCUGGUCUACAGUGUGGUGUUUCUGGUGAGUCUCGAAUCCUCUGAUUUUCACUCUUGUUGGGAUGAUACUGAAACUUUUCCUCUUUGCAGGUAGGUUUACUUCUGAAUGGUUUCACCCUGAAGGUUUACUUCUGCAGCACUCAGCAGAGGCCAUCUAACAGUGUGACCAUCUACCUGAAGAACCUGGCGGCUGCAGACUUCCUGAUGAGCCUCUGCCUCCCCAUCCGGAUCAGCCACUUUGCCAGCAGCUCUGUCACCAUACUUACGGUCUACUGCAACUUUGGCGCCAAUGCCUUCUACCUGAACAUGUAUGCAAGCAUCCUGUUCAUGGGUUACAUUGCAGCAAACAGGUAGGACUGUGCAGUCCUUUAGUGUGAUAGAGGGCUAAGGAUAUUUUUACUGGUAGAAAUGUUCAAAUGAAGGCUCUGGACAGGAUUUUUGGAGCAGUGUUAGUCCAGUUUCAGUGCUCUAAGUAAUUUCGGACUUUGAAACUUGAAAAGAAUCUGAUUUAAAGUAGGAAAAAUGUUCAUGCUGAAAGCAAAAGUGAUUAAAUCAACGAGGUAAAUGCAGUCCAGGAGCCAUUAGCUGUUAUCCUUAAGAAACUCCUCUUUCAAAAAAUUGGUAUUCUGGACUAAAUGUUCAUUAAAAUGUUUUGGUUUGCGUAUCAUUUAAUCUUAUUUUUAAUUGAAAAAAUAGUGCAGAGACAUAUGAAAUGUUGAAACAGUCUUUUUUUCUUUGUUUUAUCUAAUAUAACUGACCCAGAGUUCAUAUGUUGGAUGACCUGAUCCACAUUUUGUCAUUCAGUAAUAUGAAAAAGUUUGUGAACCUACAAGAAUGAAUUUUGUUGCCUAUCAUUCAUUUAACUUGUUUUGUUGAUAAGGUUUUCGUACUGAGAGACUCACAAUCAGGAUUUGUAUGAUGUAACAGUGUUAGCAGGAAACUUGCUCUCACAGUCAGUAUUGUGAUAUUUCUACAAUGGACAGAAAAUUGUCACACAGCUGUGAAGAAUGAUGAGAAAUUUUAAAAAGGGUUUAUCGCCAUGAUUGUGAUCAGCUGAAUAACCUCAGAUUCUUGAUUCUGCUUUCUGACCACCAUGACAGUAGAAAAUAUGAAAGUAGAGCAGACUGAACUCUCGGAGACUGAACUUUCCUAUAGUGCAGGCUUGAAAUAUUCAGUUUCAGCUGCCUCCCAUGGCAGUUGUUUUACGUCAUGGUAAAAAUAUGUGAAUCAUCAUUUACAGAAAAUCUCAAGGAUGUGGUUUGGUGAUGAUGCAGUGUUGAGUUAAUGUGUGAAUGAACAAUUUGUAUAUGAGUCUUGGUUCAGAAUUUCCCCAGACGUUGAGAGGGCAGAGAUUGUUCAUGGCUGAGUAUAAGCUGGUGUUCUCUCAUCGAAGACCCUUUUCUGAUUUGAUUUGUGUUGCCAUUUUAACAGGUUGGUCAGGACUGUAGGCAGGCCAGUUCACUCUUCUACUACAGAUCCAUGCUCCUGUAAUCCCUGUUGUCUGAAUGUGGUUUGUCAUUGUCUUUCUGAAAUAUGAAGGUCUUCCUUGAAAAAGUCAUAGUCUAGAUGGCAGCACUCUGACAGAGUUCUGACCUACCCACACCUGCUUUCUGUCUCUGCAGGUACGUUAAGAUUGUUCAUCCUCCAGGAACUCAUAUCCUGCAGGAGGUACGAGCCGCCAAGACCAUCUCUGUGGUAACCUGGGUUUGUCUCCUGACCAUGACAGCCACCUACAUCACAGUGACACUCCUCACGCAGGAAUCACCAAUGUCCACCCCAAACACAUUGAGCUGCGAUGAGCUGCACAGUAAACAGCUGAACCUCUUCUACAAAGGCCUACAAUUCUGCCUGGUAGCCAUCUUCAUCUUCGUCCUCGUCUCCCUCAUCUUAUUCUAUCACAAAACCUCCCGCAGGCUGACUGCAGCACAACAGAGCCAGCCGGCGUCCUCUGACUCUAAGAAGCUUGCCAAGUCCCGCAGGAAAAUGUUGGUGCUGGUCAGCGUCUUCUGUGUCUGCUUUGUCCCGUACCACCUGGUCCGGCUGCCAUACACUUUCCUGAAGAAGUGCUCGUGGAGUCAAACCUUCUUCUACCUGAAGGAGCUGACUGUCAUGAUGUCCAUCCUGAACGUUUGUCUGGAUCCACUUCUCUAUUUCAUCUUCUGUAAAGCGUACAGGGCCCAGAUGAGGAGGAGUGUAAAAAGACCAAUGAGAAAAAGCACACAGAGGGCAGGCUAA